GCAGAAAAUAUAUCUUCUCCGGUUUUGCUAAAGUUGUUCAAGUUUGCAGUUGGGAAGUUGAAUUUGAAAUCGUCGUAUUUUAAUUUUGCCAUCCAAGUUAUAAAUUUAAUUAACUGAUAAAAUGCAAAGCGCAAAAGAAAUUGAAGCCAUGCAGAACAAAUUUCAUGCAGAGUUGGAAAAGUUUAAGAUUGCUCAAAAAAAGAGCGAGAAAUUGGUUCGUUUAAACAGUCAACUGGAAACACAACUUCAUGAGAAUGAGAUGGUGAAGGAAGAGCUCGGAUUUUGCAAGGAGGACGCUCGUGUGUUCAAGUUGGUGGGGGACGUCUUGGUCCCCCAGUCACUGACCGAGGCUAGAUCCAACGUCGUCAGAAGAAUCGAAUACAUUCAAAAUGAAUCAAAACGAAAUACAGAACUAAUAAAUACCAACAAGACAGAGUUGGUGGGACUCAGGGACAGUGUCACCGCUUUGGAACAAGAACUGCAGAAGACGCAGCAAGCAUCAAAAGUGCAGUGACCAUAAGUAUGGAAACCUUAUUGUCCCUAUUUCGAAUCCUCGUAUUAAGAAAGCUAACCUAUAACUUAAUUAAGUAAUUUUCCACCAGACUUAUGCAACAACAUCACUUUCACGCUAUUUGAUAUUUAAAUGUUUAUUGCGCUGUUUAUCACUAAGCUUUUCUUUUUGUUAAGCUAAAUACUACCGACGCCAUGUGGAGGCAGUAUGUACUCAGCUACAAAUUAUAAUAAAACAUUAACGAACUA